UCAAUCAUUUUUAAAGAUCAGUGAUGUGUUAUUAGUAAAAAGAGUGUUUCAUAGGUAUUAAUAAAUUAAUUCCAAUCUCAUUAAUUUCUAUAUAUGAGAAGCCGGUGUAUUAUACAAUAAUUUUUUUUAUGUAUUUAUGCUAUUGGUGAAGAUGAAGUGGAACAUUUUAUUUCUGUUUACACUUGUUUUGGGAGCAUACACAGUCUUAGCCAAUGACGAUGAUGUAGAUGACGAAGCUGUAGUUGAGGAUGAAUACGUGGAAGAAGCCGAUGAUGAUGACAUUAAAUAUGUGAGCCCAGAUGUUAAAAAUGGACAAUAUCAUUUUGCUGAACAUUUUGAUGAUAUUAAAGAAUUUGAAAAAAGAUGGCAACGCUCGGAAGCCACAAAAGAUGGCAUCGACGCGGAUAUAGCAAAAUAUGAUGGUAUAUGGAGUGUUGAAACUCCACAACGCGAAAAAUUAAAAGGCGAUUUAGGUUUAGUACUUAAAUCUAAAGCAAAACAUGCAGCUAUAUCCGCACAACUAACAAAACCAUUUGAGUUCGUUGACAAACCGCUUGUGGUACAAUAUGAGGUUACGUUACAGGAUGGACAAGAAUGUGGGGGUGCAUAUUUGAAAUUAUUAUCAUAUGGACGUGGUUCAGAAAAUUUAAGACAAUUUACUGAUAAAACACCAUACACAAUUAUGUUUGGGCCAGAUAAGUGUGGUAACGAUCAAAAAUUACAUUUUAUCUUCCGUCAUCAAAAUCCAAAGAAUUUCUCAUUUUCGGAGAAACAUUGUAAAAAAUCAAAAGAUCGUUUGGAUGAUAUAUUUGUUGAUAAGUUACCACAUUUGUAUACGUUGAUUGUGUACCCGCAAAAUUUAUAUACGAUUAAAGUCGAUCAUAAGAUUGUGAAUGAGGGUAGUCUUUUGGAAGAUUUUACGCCACCAGUGAAUCCACCUGCUGAGAUUGAUGAUCCAAAUGAUAAAAAGCCCGAAGAUUGGGACGAACGUGAACAAAUCCCUGAUCCAGAUGCAAUGAAACCAGACGAUUGGAAUGAAGAUGCACCAAAAAAAAUUCCCGAUCCAAAUGCGGUAAAACCUCUUGGCUGGUUAGAUGAAGAGAAUCCGUUAAUACCAGACUCAUCUGCUAAAAAACCUGAAGAUUGGGAUACCGAAAUGGAUGGCGAAUGGGAACCACCAUUAAUAACAAAUGCAGCAUGUGAACAAGCACCAGGUUGUGGGGAAUGGAAACCACCACAAAUUGAUAAUCCAGAAUAUAAAGGAAAAUGGCGUGCACCUAUGAUUGAUAAUCCAAAUUAUAAAGGGAAGUGGAAGGCAAAACGUAUACCAAAUCCAGAUUAUUUUGUUGAUGAACAUCCUUAUAAAAUGACUAAAAUUGGAGCUAUUGGAUUUGAACUUUGGUCGAUGUCUAAGGAUAUUUUAUUCGAUAAUAUAAUUAUCACAGACGAUAUUGUUCUAGCAGAAUCAUUUGCAGCAAAAACAUUUGAUUUAAAACGUAAAAAGAUUGAUAAGGAUUCUGAAAGUUUGUGGUCACGUUUGCUUCGCUAUACCCAUGAUAAUCCAUGGAUUUGGGCUGUAUAUGUACUGGCUAUUGGACUUCCAUUGGUACUUAUCAUAUUCUUUUGCUGCAGUCCAAGUUCUCCAAAGGAUAAAGAUGAACAACAUCCUAAAAAAACUGAUGUAAUAACCGAAGAUAUUAUCGAAGAAGUUGAAAAUGAAGAAGAGUUAGGUGAAGGAGAUGCGCCGAAACCAUCAACAAGUAAAUCUAGUUUAGAAGAGUCCACUGCAUCGGAAGGUACUCCUGAACAGAGUGAAGAAGCAUCUGGUGACGCUCCUAGAAGAAGGAAAGUGCGAAAAGACUGAACAUAAUUUAGUAUAAACUGUCAUUUUUAACAGGUUAAAAGCUAGUCUUCUUUUUCAAUAACAGUAUAUUUAUCCAGAAAUUAAAAAAUAAAACAUAUAUGUCCUUUUUUUAUUGAUAGCAACAAAGUUUUUCAUAAAUUCAAUAU